GUUAGAAGUCACACUCCGACCAACCCUGACUUCAGUAUGAGCUUAUGCCAGUGAAGAGGUGACCAGCAGCUCUUCCUGGUAAAAUCUCUGGCUCCAGCAUUCACCACCCAGUUUCCUGGGCAAGGCUGGACCCACUUCCACAUCCAUCCUUUUGAGGCUCCGGGGUGCACCACGAGACCGAGGUCAGGUGACGACAACGCAUGCGCUGUGUCGCUGCGCGGCCGGCUCACGUCAUAAUUCUUAGGUCUUGCGGAAGCUUCUCUCAGCCAGAACCAGUUCUUGAAGGGAGCGGACCGGAAGCCAGUAGGAAUCGCCGGCUGCUUUGCACCGCGAGACAGGCGCGCGGUGAGUGACGCGGGGCCUGACCAAGAGGAGGGGCGUCCGUAAACCCGCAGCGCCGGCCGCCGGGACGCGCCUCCCGGGGCUGCGGACCCACCCUUUAGGGGUGUCGCGCGUCCCGUGGCAGUUGUCCACUCCGGGCGGCGCGGUCGCGAUGCUGGUGGCGGCGGCCGCAGAGCGCAACAAGGAGCCCAUCCUGCGCGUGCUGCAGCAGUACGUGGACCCGGCGCAGCGCGGCCUCCGCGUGCUGGAGGUGGCCUCCGGCUCGGGCCAGCACGCUGCGCACUUCGCGCGGGCCUUCCCGCACGCCGAGUGGCAGCCGUCCGACGUGGACCAGCGCUGCCUGGACAGCAUCGCUGCCACCACGCAGGCCCAGGGGCUGUCCAACGUGAAGGCCCCACUGUACCUGGACGUGACCUGGGAGUGGGAGCACUGGGGAGGGAUCCUACCGCAGUCGCUGGACCUACUGCUCUGCAUCAACAUGAGCCACAUCAGCCCCCUAAGCUGCACCGAGGGGCUUUUCAGAGCAGCAGGACAUCUGCUCAAACCCAAGGCUCUGCUCAUCACCUAUGGGCCCUAUGCAGUCAAUGGGAAGAUCUUUCCCCAGAGCAACGUGGACUUUGACCUGACCCUAAGAUGCAGAAACCCAGAGUGGGGACUGCGGGACACAGCCCUCCUUGAGGACUUGGGUCAGGCCAGUGGUCUGCUCCUGGAGAAGAUGGUGGACAUGCCAGCCAACAACAAGUGCCUGAUUUUCCGGAAAGAGUAACUCCUCUCCUUCAUCCUGUGUGCUUGUGCCCAAAGACUGGUCAAAAACCAGAACUCCACCUGUCUCCCUGGACCAGGUUUCUAGAAUGACCAGCUCCACCAGUCGGGUUCUGAGUCUGGGCCCAGACUGCCUUGGAAUAAAGCACUUUCUGC